AUGGGACCAGGAAAUGAUACACAAAUUUCAGAAUUUCUUCUUAUGGGUUUUUCAGAGACACCAGAAUUGCAGCCCCUCAUCUUUGGACUUUUCCUCUCCAUGUACCUGAUCACUGUGUUUGGAAACCUGCUUAUCUUCCUGGCCAUCAUCUCAGAUGUCCUCCUCCACACUCCCAUGUACUUUUUCCUCUCCAACCUGUCCUUUGCAGACAUCUGUUUCACUUCCACAACCAUCCCAAAGAUGCUGGUGAAUAUUCAGAUGCAGAGCAAAGAUAUCAGCUUUGCAGGCUGCCUCAGCCAGAUAUUUUUUUUCAUUCUAUUUGGAUGCCUGGACAGUUUUCUCCUGACAGUGAUGGCCUACGACCGGUUUGUGGCCAUCUGUCACCCUCUGCACUACAUGGUCAUCAUGAACCCCCGGCUCUGUGCAUGUUUGAUUCUGGGGUCCUGGAUCAUGAGUGUCUUGGGCUCCCUGCUUGAAACUUUGACUGCUUUGAGGUUGUCCUUCUGCACAAGCAUGGAAAUUGCAAACUUUUUUUGUGAUCUUCCUGAAGUCCUGAAGCUUGCCUGUUGUGAAACUCUCAUCAAUAACAUAGAUUGUCUGGUAUAUUUUGCAUCUGUGAUGUUGGGUGGAGGACCUCUUGCUGGUAUCCUUUACUCUUAUUGUAAGAUAGUUUCUUCCAUACGUGCAAUCUCAACAGCUCGAGGGAAGUAUAAAGCAUUUUCCACCUGUGCAUCUCACCUCUCAGUUGUCUCCCUAUUUUAUUGUACAAGCUUAGGAGUGUACUUUAGUUCUGCUGCUACACACAACUCACACUCGAGUGCUGCAGCCUCAGUGAUGUACACUGUGGUCACACCCAUGCUGAACCCCUUCAUCUACAGUCUGAGGAAUAAAGACAUAAAGAGGGCUCUGAGGAGAUUCUUUG